AUGGAGAAAGAAACACGAGACGGCCCUGCCCAGGGGCAACUCUUGACGGAUAUCAGUCUCGAUUCGAACGGGGUUGAGCCUGUUGACGGCGCCGCCGGCGUUGGGAAGCCAGAAGUUCACGAGUUCAACGAGCAGACCAACUAUGUCCCCAAAAGAACCAUCAUCACGAUCUUCCUCGCCUGUGCCAGCGUGGACCUGCUAGCUCUCAUAGACCAGACGACACUGGCGGCCAGCUUAAACAUCGUUGGUGACUCACUAGGUGCAAGCAACCAAGUGUCCUGGAUAGCAAGCGGCUACUUCAUUACUUCGACAGUGGGCCAGCUCCUAUAUGGUCGACUAUCCGAUAUCUGGUCACGAAAGGUCAUCCUACUGAUAGGCUUGGCCAUCUUCUUCAUCGGCUCGUUGGCAUCUUCUCUUUCGCAGUCGGUCGUCCAGCUCAUCGUCUUCCGCUCCUUCACCGGUGUCGGUGGCGGCGGAUUGAUGACAGUGGCCCAGCUGAUCGUCAGUGAUGUCGUGCCGUUGCGCGAAAGGGGGAAGUACCAGGGCAUAUUGGGAGCGGUCGUAGCCAUCGCCAAUGGUAUUGGACCCGUCAUUGGAGGUGCUCUCUCAUCGCAAUCAAGGGAGUCGUGGCGGUGGAUAUUCCGACUCAACUUGCCCCUGACCCUACUUACCACGUUGUGUGUGGUGUUCUUCAUGCCGCUGAAGAAGGUCGGAGGCAAUUGGAAACUGAAACUGAAAGCAGUUGACUUCAUCGGCAUCAUCCUUGCCUUAGCCGGCACAACUGUUCUCCUGCUCGGACUGAAUUGGGGAGGCUCGGAGUACCCAUGGCAGUCUGCGCAUGUUAUCGCGACCCUGGUCAUCGGGUUCGUCCUGUCCGUCGCAUUCGUGCUUUGGCAAUGGAAAGGCCCGAAAUAUCCUCUUGUGCCACUCCAUAUCUUCAACUCCAAGAUCGUGAACGGCGCAUGCAUCACCAUGGCUAUCAACGGCUGGAACUUCGUCGUUCAAGUGUACUACAUCCCAACAUUUUACCAGCUCGCUUAUGGCUACUCCGCCACCAAAGCCGGCGCGAUGCUCCUCCCAAUCACUCUCCUCCAGACGUUGAGCAGCACGCUUUCCGGGCUUGUAGUCCACCGGGUCGGGCGGUACCGGGAAUGCGUGCUGCUCGGAUGGCUCUGCUGGGCCAUCGGUCUCGGCCUCAUGUCCACCCUGGAUGAAAACUCCAGCGUCGGAAAACAAGUUGGAUACAGCAUCAUCAUUGGUGUGGGAGUGGGGAAUACCCUGCAGCCCGCUUUGAUAGCCGUGCAAGCGGGCGUGGCACGGCGCGAUAUGGCUGUUGUGACAUCGUUUCGGAACUUUGUCCGUAACCUCGGAGGGACCUUGGGCCUGGCCAUCUGCGGAACUCUACUAAACAACAUCGUCGCCAACAAGCUAUCCACCCUUCCUCUCAGCGGUGGAGAACUGACCAAUCUCCUGAGCAGCCCUCAGGCCUAUCUCUCCGCUAUCCCCCAGGACGAGACAGCCUCGAUACGGGCGGUCCUCGUUCCGGCAUAUAGAGAGGCGUUCCGAGUCAUCUUCCUCGUGGGUGCCUCGUUGGCGGCCUUCGCUUUCGUGGUCGCCUUCUUCAUGAUGCCUCAGGUGGAACUCAGCAGGCCGGACGACGAGAAGCUGAAGGAACAGGGGCGAAGAGAGCAUCUCAAGACGCAGAGUGCUGGAUCUCCUUAG